UGUUUGGGAUGUUGCACCAGAAAAUUCUAUCAUGGGGUUCAGAGCUGUUUACUCUCAUCUGGUUUUCACCGUAACAAGCCUUUCACUUGAAGACUCUGAGGAUCCGAUUCCCAACUGGCCAAUUAAGCUUCCAGAAAAUGUAUAUGACCUCAGUAACACUGCAUCAGACGGCUCAUUCCAUUACUUCUCAAAUCUAACUACUGGACAAUUCCUAUGUUUAAUACAUACAGCAAAGAAUUUUGAAAUUUAUAAUUUAAAAGUUAAGAAAGGAAGUUCCUCAUUUGACAAAUGGAUUGACAUUGCAACCGUUUGGCUAUCUCACUUUACGAAAACAUCAUUGAAUGCAAAAGCUAUAUGGGGGCUCUUUAACAGAAGACAAAAAAAUUUUAAGGAAUUGCAAAAGUGUUUCAAUGCCAGAAAUGAUCCAAAAGUUAUACGUUUUCUUAAUGACAAACUUAUUCUGCCGGGAGAAAAGAAGGAAUCAUUUCAAAAUGAAAUAACUAAUGCUACAUGUACAACAUAUCUAGACUAA